CAUCUCGCGGGUCUCAAACUGUCGAUGCUGCAAGCAUGGCUGACACCACAUCCACCAUGACAACAACCGCAACAACCGCUGCAACAGCUCUCCUCCCCUUGACGACCAUAUUCAUCCCGCCCAGCUCAUGUAUCAACAAUCUCUGGCUCGUGAGCAGUAGCACCAAAACAUGGAUGAACCUGGGGCCAAGAAACACGGCCGAAUGUCUCCCCUCUAGCUGGGAAGUUUCAAGCUAUUAUUCUCCGGGAUUAUGUCCGAGUGGCUAUAGAAUUGCUGCCAGCGACACUAUCUAUGAUGGAAGUGUCAUUGAGACCGCGGCAACCUGCUGUCCAGUAACUGGUAUACAAACAUACUCGACCCGAAAUACAUAUACUCCCGGUUGGACCGAACUGGAAGUAUGCACGUGGCAACCAGGAGACAAAACCAUUCUCGGUUACACAUAUAUCUGGCUCGGCACAGAUGGAUCUACCUCCAGCACCACCACCAGCAUGUCCAGCGAUGGCCACAUUAAUGGAUAUGGUAUCUCCAUUCGGUGGCAGUCGACUGAUUUCACGACUCCGUCAGCCACGACAACGGCGGUAUCUACUGCAUCUAGUACAUCAACCACAGACACAGCCACAAACACAUCCACAAACUCAUCUACAACCUCAUCAACAGCUUUACCCACAGCCUCACCCAGCCCAUCAGGGCUCUCGAGCGGAGCUAAAGCAGGCAUUGGCGUCGGUGUCGCGGCGGGAGCUGUUCUGGCCAUAUUCCUUGUGCUGUUCUUGAUGCGGCGACGAAAAGCAAUAUCCCCAGCUUCGCAGUUCUCGUCCCAGGCACAGAGUUAUCGAGAAUUACCUGCUACAGGGACAGGGGCGACUAUGGUGGAACAAGUGGAAUUGCCUGCUGGAGGGUCAACGGGGUUUACAGCGGGUAAAGCAGAGUUGCCUGCAGGAAUAAACAAUCCUACAACGUAUAUAGCGGAGCUGCAUGGGUAGUGGUGAGGAAUGUCAUGAUUUCACUCAUCCUUUUGGAGUUUUAUGUGGACUGCUUUGGAAGGUCAAGACCCCUUGAGUAGGCGUAUAAUGGU